GGAGUAUCAUUAUAUAUAAAAGAUAACACUCAACGGAAUGCGUUCAGAUGACGUAAAGUAAAUAAAUAGUGUAACAUUAGUAACAUGCUUAGGCUUAAAAAUAAAAGACGACAUCAUUAAGCUUUCAGGGCCAGGCGAAGGCCACGCCGUCUGUGGACUGUGUUAGGGAUUACGGACACCAUCAAAUCACCGUUUAAAUAAGACAAUUCACAAAAGAAGAAAAUCGACUGUUUCCGAGAGUGCCUUGAAUCGCGGACAUCAUGUGGGUGUAGGCCUGAGGGAGAGCGUGUUGUGGUGUGAGCGUCCAAGAUGGCGGCGAGCCCUGUUAAGAAGAGUGACAGCACGUCGUCUGCUCGAAUCAAAGCCAGGAACAAUUACGUCAUGAGGUUUCUGAAACCGGGCGACCUGGUGAGGUUCGAUCGACAUCUGUACGAUCACUGGGCUGUUUACAUUGGUAGGUAGUUGUAAAUGUCUGUAUCAUCUUUGUAUGCUCUACUUAAAUAUCACAAACAAAGUUAUUGAAGAACAGACAUACAAAAAUGACAUCAUCUUAAAUAUUUUUUUAAAAAAUCAUACUGUCAUAUAUACAAACUUAUGGGAAAAUUCAUACUGUCAUGUACACAAACCCAUGAAAAAAACAUAGUGCAGUGAAUAAUUUCGUAGAUGUAGACAAUGUGAUACCCAUAACGUCAUGAGCUACGUGUGGCAGUGUGGGACUAAGAUAAAGCUUUCAAGUGGAUUAUUUAGAUACAGACAUUUUGUGCAAAUAAAACAACACAAGUUUUGCUUUGAUGAUGAUUAUAAAGAAUACAAAUAUAAACGUUUCGGCAAACGCCUUCGUCUGUACGACAACAAAACAAAAACAUUCAUAUGAAUAUAAAUUAAAGUUACUUAAUAAAAGCUAUGUGGUACACUAUUCAUCACACAAUGGCAUUUGAUACACUAUCCCUCACAGAAUGACAUUUGAUACACUAUUCCUCACACACUGGCAUUUGAUACACUAUUCCUCACACCAUGGCAUUUGAUACACUAUCCCUCACAGAAUGACAUUUGAUACACUAUUCCUCAUACACUGGCAUUUGAUACACUAUUCCUCACACCAUGGCAUUUAAUAAACUAUUCCUGUAACACAAUGGCAUUUGAAACACUAUUCCUCACACCAUGAAAUUUGAUACACCAUUCCACACACCAUGGCAUUUGAUACAUUAUUCCUCACACCAUGAAAUUUGAUACACUAUUCCACACACCAUGACAUUUGAUACACUAUUCCUCACACCGUGGCAUUUGAUACACUAUUCCUCACACCAUGAAAUUUGAUACACUAUCCCUCACACAAUGACAUUUGAUACAUUAUUCCUCACACACUGGCAUUUGAUACACUAUUCCUCACACCAUGGCAUUUGAUACACUAUUCCUCACACCAUGGCAUUUGAUACACCAUUCCUCACACCAUGGCAUUUGAUACACUAUUCCUCACACCAUGGCAUUUGAUACACUAUUCCUCACACAAUGGCAUUUGAUACACUAUUCCUCACACCAUGGCAUUUGAUACACUAUUUCUCACACAAUGGAAUUUGAUACACUAUUCCUCACACCAUGGCAUUUGAUACACUAUUCCUCACACCAUGGCAUUUGAUACACUAUUCCUCACACCAUGGCAUUACACCAACGGCUUGCUUCGUCCAAUGUCAGGUGACAGCAAGGUCGUACACAUAACAAAAGAAAAGCCGAUGGACAAGAGCUGUGGCAAGAUCUGUGUGGACGAUCUGAUGUCGGUGGCCGGGAAAUCCAAGGUCUACAUCGCCAAUGAAAGGGAUUUCAGAUACACGUACGUUCAGCUUCCGGGUGAUCUCAACAUGCGCGCGGGGGGAGGGGGGUGUGUCAAUCAUUUAAUUAGAUUAGUAUGCUUCCCUACUACGCUUCUACUGGGCGAGGCGUCGAGGGAGGUACAGAUUGGCGAGCUGUCACAGCGUAUGGCGCCCUCCAGGAGAUUCCUUGAGUGUAAUCAGGGACGUCAUUUGGGUAGGGCAGGGUGGGGCAUUGCCCAACACCCCCCCCCCUGAAUUUUCAGGCAGGUUUUAUUUAAAUUGCUAUUCUCUAUGUUUAUGGUUUAUAUAUACCUAUAGCAUUGUUAAAUAGUCCGUGUGUUUGUGUGCUUGAAGGAGACUCACUUGUGCGAGUUAGCCCCCCCCCCCCCGGUCAGCGUUUGGUCAAGCUACACAAAUGCGUAUGUAAUAAAUUUUGCUGAAAAACACAUGUUUUAAUAACUGCUUUAUUAAGAAACAGCGAGGUCCCUGGCAUACGUUCUCAUGCGCUCAGGAAAGGUACAGGUUUUUUUUUUUUAAACACUGGCUGAACUUUCGGAAAAAGCACCGUUUCUGCUUAGGUCCCCAGGGCUUUGCGUUAUUUCCAGGCCUCACAGUAAAUUUAUUUUAAUUGUCAUAUUAUAAAAUGUAAGGAUACAGAUUUUUUAAAAACUGUACUGCAAGUUCUAUCGUGUGUUCUACCCAAUCGUUCAGUACUGCAAAGUUCUAUCGUGUGUUCUACCCAAUCGUUCAGUACUGCAAAGUUCUAUCGUGUGUUCUACCCAAUCGUUCAGUACUGCAAAGUUCUAUCGUGUGUUCUACUCAAUCGUUCAGACCCCGCAGUCCCGAGAAGAUCGUACAGAAAGCUAAGAUGUGUGUGGGCAGCGUCAGCUACAACCUGCUCAGCCGAAACUGUGAACACUUUGCCAACUACUGCCGGUAUGGUCAGCGGGUCAGUGAACAGGUAAAAAAAUCAAACAAAGUCCACCUUUAGAUACACGUAAGUGCCAUGUUGGUCAUGUCGUUGUUGGAUCGUGAUUGGGUUGUGGUACUGAGCUUUGAAAAACGGCACGGACAAGUUGGGGGAAACUCUGCGACGCUUGACAAGAGUCUCUCAAAGGGUAACUACUCCUACAUUUCUUUAAAUGAGUUGUUUCCCUUGGGAAAAAAAAAUAAAAGAAAAAAAAAAUUGACGAGUUUUCUUUUGACAAGUGAUUUAAGAUAAACUUGACAUGCCUGUUAUCAUACAUAAACUCGACAUGCCUGUUAUCAUACAUAUACUUGACAUGCCUGUUAUCAUACAUAAACUCGACAUGCCUGUUAUCAUACAUAUACUUGACAUGCCUGUUAUCAUACAUAAACUCUACAUGCCUGUUAUCAUACAUAUACUUGACAUGCCUGUUAUCAUACAUAAACUCGACAUGCCUGUUAUCAUACAUAAACUCGACAUGCCUGUUAUCAUACAUAAACUCGACAUGCCUGUUAUCAUACAUAAACUCGACAUGCCUGUUAUCAUACAUAAACUCGACAUGCCUGUUAUCAUACAUAAACUCGACAUGCCUGUUAUCAUACAUAAACUCGACAUGCCUGUUAUCAUACAUAAACUCGACAUGCCUGUUAUCAUACAUAAACUCGACAUGCCUGUUAUCAUACAUAAACUCGACAUGCCUGUUAUCAUACAUAAACUCGACAUGCCUGUUAUCAUACAUAAACUCGACAUGCCUGUUAUCAUACAUAAACUCGACAUGCCUGUUAUCAUACAUAAACUCGACAUGCUUGUUAUCAUACAUAAACUCGACAUGCCUGUUAUCAUACAUAAACUCGACAUGCCUGUUAUCAUACAUAAACUCGACAUGCCUGUUAUCAUACAUAUAACAUCUUUAAUAUCAUAACAUUUUUAAAUCUUAAAAUAUUUGCAAAUAAAAUUUGUAAAACCCAUCGAACUUCACGUUGUAUCCGCCAUGUUGAUUGUCAUCAUCGUCCCCAGGAUUGUCAAGUGUACUGUUGAUUGAAUACAUUUUCUAUUAAACAAUAUUUUAACUAGGGGAAAUAAUAGCAUCACAGAGAGUCAAAGUAAAGGAAUUCAUGGAACUAAUAGCAUCAUCUAGAUUGCAAAAGUAAAGGAAUUCAUAGAACUAAUAGCAUCAUCUAGGUUGCAAAAGUAAAGGAAUUCAUAGAACUAAUAGCAUCAUCUAGGUUGCAAACGUAAAGGAAUGCAUAUAACUAAUAGCAUCAUCUAGAUUGCAAAAGUAAAGGAAUUCAUAGAACUAAUAGCAUCAACUAGGUUGCAAAAGUAAAGGAAUUCAUAGAACUAAUAGCAUCAUCUAGAUUGCAAAAGUAAAGGAAUUCAUAGAACUAAUAGCACAAUCUAGAUUGCCAGAGUAAAGGAAUUCAUAGAACUAAUAGCAUCAUCUAGAUUGCCAGAGUAAAGGAAUUCAUAGAACUAAUAGCAUCAUCUAGAUUGCCAGAGUAAAGGAAUUCAUAAAACUAAUAGCAUCAUCUAGAUUGCCAGAGUAAAGGAAUUCAUAGAACUAAUAGCAUCAUCUAGAUUGCCAGAGUAAAGGAAUUCAUAGAACUAAUAGCACCAUCUAGAUUGCCAGAGUAAAGGAAUUCAUAGAACUAAUAGCAUCAUCUAGAUUGCCAGAGUAAAGGAAUUCAUAGAACUAAUAGCACCAUCUAGAUUGCCAGAGUAAAGGAAUUCAUAGAACUAAUAGCAUCAUCUAGAUUGCCAGAGUAAAGGAAUUCAUAAAACUAAUAGCAUCAUCUAGAUUGCCAGAGUAAAGGAAUUCAUAGAACUAAUAGCAUCAUCUAGAUUGCCAGAGUAAAGGAAUUCAUAGAACUAAUAGCACCAUCUAGAUUGCCAGAGUAAAGGAAUUCAUAGAACUAAUAGCAUCAUCUAGAUUGCCAGAGUAAAGGAAUUCAUAGAACUAAUAGCACCAUCUAGAUUGCCAGAGUAAAGGAAUUCAUAGAACUAAUAGCAUCAUCUAGAUUGCCAGAGUAAAGGAAUUCAUAGAACUAAUAGCACCAUCUAGAUUGCCAGAGUAAAGGAAUUCAUAGAACUAAUAGCAUCAUCUAGAUUGCCAGAGUAAAGGAAUUCAUAGAACUAAUAGCACCAUCUAGAUUGCCAGAGUAAAGGAAUUCAUAGAACUAAUAGCAUCAUCUAGAUUGCCAGAGUAAAGGAAUUCAUAGAACUAAUAGCACCAUCUAGAUUGCCAGAGUAAAGGAAUUCAUAGAACUAAUAGCAUCAUCUAGAUUGCCAGAGUAAAGGAAUUCAUAAAACUAAUAGCAUCAUCUAGAUUGCCAGAGUAAAGGAAUUCAUAGAACUAAUAGCAUCAUCUAGAUUGCCAGAGUAAAGGAAUUCAUAGAACUAAUAGCAUCAUCUAGAUUGCCAGAGUAAAGGAAUUCAUAAAACUAAUAGCAUCAUCUAGAUUGCCAGAGUAAAGGAAUUCAUAGAACUAAUAGCAUCAUCUAGAUUGCCAGAGUAAAGGAAUUCAUAGAACUAAUAGCAUCAUCUAGAUUGCCAGAGUAAAGGAAUUCAUAGAACUAAUAGCAUCAUCUAGAUUGCCAGAGUAAAGGAAUUCAUAGAACUAAUAGCAUCAUCUAGAUUGCCAGAGUAAAGGAAUUCAUAGAACUAAUAGCAUCAUCUAGAUUGCCAGAGUAAAGGAAUUCAUAAAACUAAUAGCAUCAUCUAGAUUGCCAGAGUAAAGGAAUUCAUAGAACUAAUAGCAUCAUCUAGAUUGCCAGAGUAAAGGAAUUCAUAGAACUAAUAGCAUCAUCUAGAUUGCCAGAGUAAAGGAAUUCAUAGAACUAAUAGCAUCAUCUAGAUUGCCAGAGUAAAGGAAUUCAUAAAACUAAUAGCAUCAUCUAGAUUGCCAGAGUAAAGGAAUUCAUAAAACUAAUAGCACCAUCUAGAUUGCCAGAGUAAAGGAAUUCAUAAAACUAAUAGCAUCAUCUAGAUUGCCAGAGUAAAGGAAUUCAUAGAACUAAUAGCACCAUCUAGAUUGCCAGAGUAAAGGAAUUCAUAGAGCUAAUAGCACCAUCUAGAUUGCCAGAGUAAAGGAAUUCAUAAAACUAAUAGCAUCAUCUAGAUUGCCAGAGUAAAGGAAUUCAUAAAACUAAUAGCACCAUCUAGAUUGCCAGAGUAAAGGAAUUCAUAAAACUAAUAGCAUCAUCUAGAUUGCCAGAGUAAAGGAAUUCAUAGAACUAAUAGCACCAUCUAGAUUGCCAGAGUAAAGGAAUUCAUAAAACUAAUAGCACCAUCUAGAUUGCCAGAGUAAAGGAAUUCAUAAAACUAAUAGCAUCAUCUAGAUUGCCAGAGUAAAGGAAUUCAUAAAACUAAUAGCACCAUCUAGAUUGCCAGAGUAAAGGAGUCUAUAGAAAUGAUCACCUUUGUUGUUGUUUUUUUUACAGAUACUUUUUCUUGGUUCACCUGCAAAAGAGCUCCGUGACAGGAGUCUGCACUCUGAUUCGUUGUUUGAUGAGUGACGAGUGUCACCUGAUGUCUGAUGUGUAUCAGUCUAUAUAUGUCUGAUGUGUGUCAACCUGACCUGAUGUCCGAUGUGUGUCAGCCCAACCAGAUGUGGACCAGACCAUUGAUGUGUGUCAGCCUGACCAGAUGUCUGAUGUGUCAGAAUGACCUAAUGUAGACCAUGUGAUGGACUUGUGUCAACCUGACCUGAUGUGUGUCAGCCUUACUUGAUGUAGAACAGAUGAUUGACGUGUGUCGGCAUGACCUACCGUCUGAUGUAGGUCAGCCUGGCACGAUCUAUACCGGAUGAUUGGCGUGUGUCAACAUGACCUAUUGUCUGAUGUGUAGCAGCCUGACCGGAAGUAAACCAGAUGAUCGACGUGUGUCAGCCUGACCUGGAUGUCCAUGUUUGACAAACUGGGCUGACGGACCAUAUGUCUGCUGCGCGUCACCCUAAACGUAUUUACCAAUGAUAAUUACAAAUGAGAAGUUUUUAGAAAGACCAAGUUUAUUUUUACAAUUUUUUUUAAGCCUUAAGAAAAUUCUAUUUUUCUAAAAUCAAUUACAUUUUUAAAACAAAAAUAAAAAAGUUGAUUAAAAAUU